AUGCAGACCAUCCUCAACGCCCUCACCAAGGACAAUGUCAAUAAAUUGCCUACAGCUGACAAAUUGGAUGACUCUGCGCCCUCGUCGCGUACUCCAUCGGUGCACCACCCGUCCCUCUCCCGGCGGUCAUCCGUAUCCGCCUCGCAUCCCCGCUUGCCGGAUCACGGGCCGAGCCACAGUGUCGACACGACCAAGAUCGGGCAGGCCGUCGUCACGCCCCGCAAGGAACGCCCGCAGCACAAGCGGUCCUUGACCGGCUCUUACUUCCCCUCUCAGAAGGGCGUGGUGGGCGGCGAGGAGUGGCCGGUCGGCCAGGAGGCGACGUGGAAGACCGCUCUCAAGGCUAACGAUGUCGACGAAGACGACGUGCAGGGCGUGGCCAACACCAUUGUCCGACAUGUCACGACGUCGCUUGCUCGUCAGGCCGGUAACAUGGACACAAUCGCCGCAUACCAGGCGACCGCCCUGUCUGUCCGGGACCAGCUCAUCAAGCGAUGGAACGAGACCACUUCGUACCACACCGCCCGCGCUCCCAAGCGUAUCUACUACUUCUCCAUCGAGUGGUUGAUCGGACGCUCGCUCGACAACGCCGUGCUCAACCUGGGCAUGAAGAACACCUACGAAGACGCCUCGAGGAAGCUCGGCUUUAACUUUGAAGACCUGUUGAACGAAGAGCGAGACGCCGCGCUCGGAAACGGUGGUCUGGGCCGUCUUGCCGCGUGCUACAUUGAUAGUAUGGCGACUCUCAGUCUUCCCGGAUGGGGCUACGGUCUCCGAUACAAUUAUGGUAUCUUCAAGCAAAUGCUGUCCAAGACUGGCGAGCAGCUCGAGGCCCCCGACCCGUGGCUCGACCGAGAAAACCCCUGGGAGAUUGCCCGUCUGGACGUGGCGUACCCUAUCCGAUUCUACGGAAACGUCGAGCCGGUCGCCAAUUCCGACAAGGCGGUGUGGUCAGGCGGGAUGGAGUGUUUGGCGGUGGCGUACGACACGCCCAUUCCCGGUUACGCGACCAAGAACUGCGCCAACAUCCGAUUGUGGAGCGCCAAGCCCGUCCAAGGCUUCGACCUGAACUCCUUCAACGCUGGUAACUACGAAGCCAGUGUGCACGCUAGCUCUGAAGUCGGCAAUAUCACCCAAGUUCUCUACCCCAAUGACAACAUGUACCAGGGCAAGCUCCUCCGGCUGCAGCAGCAGUACUUGUGGUGCUCUGCUUCGCUCCAGGACAUCUUGAGGCGAUUCACCAAGCUCGAGCUCCCCUGGACCCAGCUUCCUGACUACAUCUGCAUCCAGAUGAACGACACGCACCCGACUAUCGUCAUCGCCGAGCUCAUGCGGAUCCUCAUUGAUGAGGAGGACAUUUCGUACGACCAGGCCUGGAAGAUCACCACCAAGGUCUUUGCGUACACCAAUCACACUGUCCUGCCUGAAGCGCUCGAAAAGUGGGAGGUCAGCCUCUUCGAGAAGCUCCUCCCCCGCCACCUGCAGAUCAUCUACAGGAUCAACCACGACUUCCUGCAGCAGGUCGCCAAGCGCUGGCCCAACGAUAAUGACCGUCUCGCCCGCAUGUCCAUCAUCGAAGAGGGGACCCCCAAGUACGUCCGCAUGGCCUACCUCGCCAUCGUCGGUUCGUUCAAGGUCAACGGUGUCGCCGAGCUCCACUCGCAACUCCUCCAGGCCACCAUCUUCAAGGACUUUGUCGAGUUCAAGGGUCGCGACCACUUUACCAACGUCACGAACGGUAUCACCCCGCGUCGAUGGUUGCUGCAGUGCAACCCGGAACUCUCGGCGCUCAUUACCCACUCGCUCGGGUCCGAGGCGUGGCUCACCAACGCCCAGCUCCUCAAGAACCUCAUCCCCAUGGCUGAGCAAAAGGAGUUCCGAAAAGCGUUUGACAUUAUCAAGCAAAACAACAAAAGGCGACUCGCAGAGGUCAUUGAGCAGGAGCUGGGCAUCACCCUCAACCCCCGGUCGGUCUUUGCGGCGCAAAUCAAGCGGAUGCACGAGUACAAGCGCCAGACGCUCAACAUCUUCGCCAUCAUCCAUCGGUACCUCGAGAUCAAAAAGGCGAGCCCGGCGGACAGGAAGAAGAUCCAGCCGUGGACAUUCAUCUUUGCUGGAAAGGCCGCGCCGGGGUACUAUAUCGCCAAGCUGGUCAUCCGGCUGAUUGUCAAUGUUGGCAAGAUUGUCAACAACGACCAGGACGUCGGCGACCUGCUCAAGGUGGUCUUCAUCCCGGACUACAGUGUCUCCAUCGCCGAAGUCCUCAUUCCCGCUGCGGACAUCUCGGUCCAGAUUUCUACCGCUGGUACCGAGGCUUCCGGCACUUCCAACAUGAAGCUCGCGCUGAACGGUGCCUUGCUCCUCGGUACCGUCGACGGAGCCAACAUUGAGAUCGCCGAAGACGCCGGCGAAGACCAGUGCUUCAUGUUUGGCUACCUCAACGACCAGGUCCAGCAGGUCCGAUACAACAACAGCUACAACCCGACGCCGCUCGAGCAGCGGUCGCCCGAGCUUGCGGCGGUGUUCAAGCAUAUCGAGUCGGGCGCGUUUGGGGAUGCUGGGAUCUACGACUCGCUCCUCAAGACUGUCUACGAGCACGACUAUUACCUCGUCUCGAACGACUUUGGGUCAUACCUCGCCGCCCAGAAGCUUGUUGAUGAGCUUUGGGGCGGAGACCCGGAGGAGUGGACACGUAAAGCUAUUAUCACUUCAUGCAGUAUGGGAGACUUCUCUUCGGAUAGGUCUGUCCAAGACUACGCGGACGGAAUCUGGGGUGUCGAGAGUGAGCGGGUUCCGGACAACUAA